AUGGCUAAGAAGACAGAACUUUGGCAACUGAACAAGCCAUACACCGAGCCUGACCCGGACGCUCCAUCCGGCUAUCAGCGUGAAAUCUACAGCUCCCUUCGUUCACCAACUUUUUCGGUCAAGCCGGCAGAAUGGGAAAGACUUGCACGGUCAAAGGUUCCUGCAGCAAAUUUCGGCUACGUCUACGGAUCAGCCAGUACAGCCACGACCAAUGCCGCCAAUCUAUCUGCUUUUGAUCGAUACCGUCUCAGGCCAUCCAUGUUGGUCAAUGCGACUCGCAGAGACCUGAGUGUUGAGUUAUUUGGCACCAAGUACUCUAGUCCACUACUCAUCGCCCCUGUCGGCGUGCAAAAGAUCAUGCACAAGGAUGCCGAAGAUGCCACAGCUCGAGCGGCUAACAAUGUGAAAGUUCCUUACAUUUUGUCAUCCGCCGCAACCCGGACCAUAGAACAAGUCGCAGAGUCCAACGGGGACGGCGAUCGCUGGUAUCAACUCUACUGGCCACGGCCUCAGUGGGAAGAAGUAACGGCCAGCCUCCUCAACCGAGCCAAAUCAAAUGGCUACAAGGUACUUGUCGUGACGCUUGACACUUUCAAUCUGGCUUGGAGGCCAACAGAUCUCGACACUAGCUACCUGCCGUUCAUCUGGGGUGAUGGAUGUCAGGUCGGGACUUCAGAUCCAGUGUUCACCGCUCGGUACGAGCGAGAACUGAAGAACGACACGAGAACUUCCGGGGAGAAAUUGGCAGAGCUGUGGAAUCUCGUCCAGCGGCCCGGGUCUAUCUACGGCGCUGCAAAAGUGUUGGCCAACGUGUCAACGCUACAAAAAUCGAGAGCCUGGCUAGAUGUGUUGAACAGCGGAACUUACCGCGAAUGGCAACAUCUCGAAACGCUCAAGAAACUCUGGGAUGGACCCAUUGUUCUCAAGGGCAUUCAAACGGUUGAAGAUGCUCAUCGAGCCAUCGACUACGGAAUUGACGGCAUUAUUGUCUCGAACCACGGAGGUCGCCAGUGUGACGGUGCGAUCGCAUCGCUAGACGCGCUAGCUGAAAUUGCUGCAGACGAAAGGGUACAAAAGUCGAAGCUUACCCUCCUCUUCGACAGUGGCAUUCGCUCUGGAAGUGAUGUCCUCAAAGCCUUGGCCUUGGGUGCCAAAGCCGUGCUGAUUGGUCGGCCCUACAUGUAUGGCCUCGCGAUGGGUGGUCAGGAGGGCGUUGAGCAUGUCCUCAAGUGCUUGCUGGCUGACACCGAUAAUAUGCUAGGCAACAUGGGGAAGAAGAGUAUCAAAGAUCUGAGUAGAUACGAUCUCCAGAUUCGAUCGGAGUCGAAACUGUGA